AUCGCUAGUGGAAUGCCAAUUGCCAGUCAAGUAUUUAUUCUGAAGCGAAAGCGAGCGGGACGAGGGCAAUAGGCCAGUGCCUGCUUAGAGAAAGUUUUGGAGCGGCGGGAAGUCAAGAACCUGGGGGAGAACGUGACACCUGUGUAUCUGAUUGCUUAUUGGACACCUCCACCUGGGUAAACCUGGACAUACAAAACCUUUCCUCAAGACUUACCUCCCUCAACCCAGGGUAGGUUAACAUCACAAAAGUCACUACUUCAGUUACCUAUCCUUUGGUUGCCCAAAUCUGUCUCCUUGUUGGGCAGUCCAGGAAGACAGCACUUCCCAGAAUUCCCUGCCGUGUAGUGCGAUCAGCAACCAGAAACUAUAACUCCCAGGGUUCUGCGCGCCCCAGGGGGCGGGGACUUCUGGCGGCGAGUCUGGUGAAGAGGAGAUGGCACAGCCGUCAGGAUCUCGGCGUCGCUCGCUGUACAAACUGGGCUCGCCUCCUUGGAAAGAGGCUUUCAGGCAGGGAUGCCUGGAAAGAAUGAGAAACAGCCGGGAGAGGCUCCUGAACAAAUAUCGCCAGGCUGGAGGCAAUACUGCGCCAGGGAGAACUCAGAACACCCUUCUAGUGCAAGAGGUGAUGGAAGAAGAGUGGAAUGCUUUGCAGUCAAUGGAAGGAUGUCCAGAGGCCUUGGCUCAGUUGGAGGAGCCGAUGGACUUGGCUGUGCUGGAGGAAAUCCAACAGGAGUUGAUUGACCAAGAACAGGCCAUUAUCCGUGAAUAUGAGAAGAGCUUGCAGUUUGAUGAAAAGUGUCUCAGCAUCAUAUUGUCUGAGUGGGAAGCAAACUCCCUCAUCUGUCCUGUGUGUACAAAGUACAACCUGAGAAUAACAAGCGGUGUGGUCAUGUGUCAGUGUGGCCUGUACAUCCCAUCUCAUUCUCCAGAGUUGACAGAGCAGCAACUCCGUGCUUUGUUAGAAGCCAGUGUGAAUGAGCACAGUGCACACUGUCCCCACACACCUGAAUUUUCAGUCACUGAAGGGACAGAAGAAAAGUCCAGCCUUCUCAUGAGCUGUCUGGCUUGUGAUACUUGGGCUGUGAUCAUCUAAAGCCAGCCUUUACUCUCUUUGUUCUACUGGAUUGGAAACAAUUCAUUCCAUCUGAGAAGGGGCCUUGUAAAUAUAAACUUUUCAUUUAUAAUUUAUUUUGUAUUAAAACUUUUUAAAUGUC